CCUUCGGGAUGGUCAUCCAGACAGAGCACAGGUGAGCGGCUCUCCCGCCGGCCCAGCAUGCAUUGCGCGGAGGGGCGCAGGGAGGCGAUGUGGAAGGAGGGGAGCCUGGUGCUUUCCGCCCCGGGGAAGGUCAUCCUGCACGGGGAGCAUGCGGUGGUGCACGGGAAGGUGGCUCUGGCGACGGCACUGGACUUGCGGACUUUCCUCCAGAUGACUCCGCGGCAGGAUGGGAGAAUCUCCCUGCAGCUGCCGAAUCUGGGGAGCAAACUGAGCUGGGGAGCAGCUGAGCUCCAGCCCCUGCUGGCCGCCUUCUCAGCUGAACUGCCUGAAGGGCAGCCGCCCAGCGUUGAACAAGUGGAGAAGCUGAAAGAGUUUGCGGGGGACGAUAACGGACACAAAGCCAUCCAGAGUGUGGCCGCUGCAGCCUUUCUUUACUUGUAUCUGUCUGCGGCAUCUAAAUACGGGGUUCUGCCAACGGUUGACAUCUUGGUUUGGUCUGAGCUGCCCACCGGUGCUGGGUUGGGGUCCAGCGCAGCUUACUCGGUCUGCCUGGCAGGGGCGUUGCUUUCUGGAUGCGGCGCCGUCAGAUAUCCUCUGCAGGAGGGCCAAGAAGCAGCUAGAUGGACCAAGGAGGAGCUGGAUGUGAUCAACAGGUUGGCCUUCCGAGGAGAGCAAGUGAUCCAUGGGAAUCCUUCUGGAGUGGACAACGCUGUGAGCACCUGGGGUGGAGCCUUGCGGUAUAUUUCAGGAAAAAUCUCUCCGUUGAAGAGUGUGCCCACUUUACGGAUUUUACUGACCAACACUAAAGUUCCACGCAGCACCAAGAUCCUGGUUGCGGGGGUUAAAGCCAAGCUCCUGAAGCUCCCCACUAUCAUGGAGCCGAUACUCGCUUCCAUAGACGCAAUUUCUCGGGAAUGUGAAGUUAUUCUUGAGGCAAUGACCAAAGAUCCAUCUCAGGAACACUACUCCAGGCUGGAGGACUUGGUAGACAUCAACCAGCACCUCCUCAACGGCAUCGGGGUCGGCCACGCCAUGCUGGACCGUGUCUGCCAGGUCACUUCCUCCCACGGGCUGCAUAGCAAACUGACCGGAGCUGGGGGAGGAGGCUGCGCCAUCACUUUGAUCCCACCUGCAGGCACCGCUCCUUCGGCAGUGGAAGACGCCAUCCGAGACCUGACCCACUGCGGCUUCGAGUGCUGGGAGACGGUCAUCGGGGCGCCUGGAAUAAGCGCCCACGCCUUGCCGUGCCUGAAAGCGGAAGUGCGGAAGGCCUUGAAGGGCAGCUGAUGGUAGCCGUGAAGAGGGACUCUUCCUCCACCUGGGACUGGACAUCCAGGCAACCUC